CCAUCACCCCCACUUCACCGCCCACCAGUUACUUUUUCUUCAACGUCUGCAAAAUAAACUUAGUUCCUCAAAAGCCUCAUCUGCAUACUCGCAAAUCUGCACUUUUUGUCUCGUCCAACGGCUUCCGAAACUUAUUCUUACCUCUUCAAUUCCUCUCUGUCAGCCAAUCCAGCUCGCUCUGCAAACCAAUACUGAACAAAACAAUCUACAACCGACUGCCUUUGGUCUGAUCAAAGGCAAAAACAUCCACCACGGCUUCCAGGGCCGUAUUCUUCGUCUCCGACCAAGAUUUCAGCCAUCGAAAGACCUUUCACAUCAUCAACUCUCGACCUCCUCCUGCCUCUGCUGAAGUCGCCUAAGCAGCCCGAGCUUUUUUUGCUUGAUCUGCACUUCGACAACCACGUCCCCGAGUUCCACCCCUCCCAUCAGCUGCCGCAUAGGACGAGCUCUAAGGCCCUUCCUCUAACCGAGGGAGAGUCGAGGAAACCUCGUCAGGUCACUACGGGAUCCGCUUGCUACUGCUUCCGGCCUCCCUAACACAAAUCAACAAACCUCCAGUAAUAACCCUACCAUUCUUGCCGUCUCUCGACGACCACUAUAAACUCAUCCCCUCCCGAUAACCCGUACAACUUCAGGGAUAUGGUUAUGGCAACUGCUCUCACCGAUCGAAUCACUCCAGUCGACUUUAAUCAUAUCAAUCUAAAGAAGACCACACCGGGCUUCUUGGACCACCAUCACAAUGGCGAACUAGUGUCCAAGGCCAUGAUCGGCAGUGCUCUCCGCCACCGCGUGGAGAGCAUCGACCCUGAAUUCUGUGAUGCAGGUGACGAAGAUACCUUCUUCGUUGCCGACCUCGGCCAUGUGUACCGCCAGCAUCUUCGCUGGAAGAAGAACCUGCCCCGCGUCAAGCCAUUCUAUGCCGUAAAGUGCAACCCGGACCCAAAGGUGCUCCGGCUGCUUGCAGAGCUCGGCAAUGGCUUUGACUGCGCAUCCAAGACUGAAAUCAAGCAGGUCCUCGACAUGGGAGUUGACCCCUCCCGCAUCAUCUAUGCGCAGCCUUGCAAGACCAACUCUUACGUUCGGUACGUGGCCGCUGAGGGUGUGCGCCAGAUGACCUUUGACAAUGCCGACGAGCUUUACAAGAUUGCCAAGCUGUUCCCUGGUGCGGAGCUUUAUCUGCGCAUCUUGACCGACGACAGCUCCUCCCUGUGCCGUCUCAGCCUCAAGUUUGGCGCUUCUCUCGAUGCCACCGAUGGUCUCCUGGCUCUAGCCCGUGAGCUUGGCCUUAAUGUUGUCGGUGUCUCGUUCCACGUUGGCUCGGGCGCAUCCGAUCCCCUUGCCUUCCUGAAGGCUGUUCGCGAUGCCAACUAUGUGUUUGAGCAGGCUGCUGCACAUGGCUUUGACAUGAAGACCCUUGACGUCGGUGGUGGAUUCUGUAGCGACGAGACCUUCGAGCCCAUGGCCGGCGUCCUUCGUGAUGCUCUUGACGAGUACUUCCCUCCUCACCGCGGCGUUUCCCUGAUCGCCGAGCCCGGUCGUUACUUCGUCUCUGCUGCCUUCACCAUCGCCUGCAACGUCAUUGCUCGCCGCACUGUCGAGGACCCUAACGGCAGCGUGAACGGCACUCUUGCGGCCGCCCCUAGCUACAUGGUCUACGUCAACGAUGGCUUGUACGGAAACUUCAGCAGCAUCAUGUUUGACCACCAGCAUCCCGUCGCCAAGGUUCUGCGCGCGUCUGGCAACUUUUUCUAUAACACCACUGACGCUGAUUCCCCUGAAUCGCCUUCUGAGGGUAUCGAAUACUCGAUCUGGGGUCCCACCUGUGAUGGCAUCGACCGCAUCUCGGAGAGUGUUCGCUUCAACCAGACCAUCGACGUUGGCGACUGGCUCUACUUUGAGGACAUGGGUGCCUACACCAAGUGCUCGGCUACCCGCUUCAAUGGUUUCUCGGACGCUCACGACGUCAUCUACGUCUGCAGUGAGCCUGCUGCUCGCGCCAUGAUGUUGAACUACAUCUAGAACUAGGCAAGACACAAAAUCUUGUCGGCACUUGUGGCAUAUAGUUUCGGUUCUUUGGUAAUCCGCGAUUUGUUUUUCUACCAUUUGGAUUUUAUCGUCUUUAAUGUUGGCAAAUGCGUUGAUCCCAUCGAUCCAUAGCAUUACAUUGCCUCAAUGGUAUAGACCAUAAAGAAGUUUCGGAGAAGAAAAAGUAUCCUGUUCUUUCUGCAACUCAAAAAGAUUCUAGAUCUUAGAAUUUUAGAGAAUUUUUAGAUAUUAUACUAUUUGUCAUACAGA